ACGCGGCAGCCACGAAAACUGGAAGUCGGACUUUCGUAGAAUCUUUUGACGUCCAAGUCAGCUGGAGGGCUGCGCUUGUGUCCCCCGGUGCUCUGCGGGCAGCGGCGGAAGUUCUCGUCGGGACUUUUCGUGCUACGGCUCGCAUGGGAUGUGAUACCAGCGUGGUGGGGCUCGGAUUUCAACUUUUCGCUUUCUAUUUUUUUUUUUUUUUAACAUUUUUUCUCUCUCCACCAUACAUGAUGCAUAUUACGCAUGCAUGGGGCUGCCUUAUUUUUGGACUAUGCGCCGGACGCAGCAGCCAACUUCAAGAAGCUUCUGUCACUAACUAAUGCGGCGCACAUUUUGCAGCAUUUGGAAGUGCAUUCCGACCAAUAUGUCACCAGGAUCUUCAACAUCAAGCCUAAAAAUGAUAGCAGUAGGCACUAAAGUUCCCUCUCUGCAUUUUUUUGGUCAAGGAGGACAGCAAACAAUCAGAAUAUUUUUUUUAGUGUAGUCAUUCAGCAUCCAUUUAGAAUGAUGCACCAGGUGACACUUUUCCUUUAAACUUUAAACAUUUUGGAUUUUUCUGGUGGGUUCUUCCCCUCCACCUUAGAAACAUGUUGCACAUCCUCCUGUUUCUGUCUUUGGCGUUACUUUUGACAGUGGCUGACUGCCGUGUCGUAGAAGGACUGCAGAGAUAUACUUCAAUCCCCACAUAUCUGCCUGUCAACUACCAGGUGCUCAACACUGACUUGGCAUUUUUCCUCAAAGAAAGCAAUCAAGACUUCAUGAGAAACUCUAGCCUGAUGUCACGCACCGAGCCUUUCUUCAUCCACCAGGCCAGGAAUUUACCUUCAGUCAACUCCAGCUACGGACCCCUCUCUGUGGAGCAGCCGGUCCCUUUAGAGCUCCUCCAGAGCCCGGGGGUUUUCCCCGCGUCAUCACUUUUCACUUUUAAUUGGAAAGUUCAGACUUUUAUCAUGAAUACAAAGAUUCACCUGGCCAAGCCCAAAGUCCAAGUCCUGUUUUACAUCGCAGGCAGGGACUGGGAUGACUACAGUGCUAUCGACAAGCUACCAUGCGUGCACAUGUUUGCCUUCCAUGAGACCCAGGAGGUGCACGGUACCUGCCUGCUGAAGGGGCCGCUAGGGCUUUGUGUGGCCGAGCUGGAGCCCUUGGCGAGCUGGUUCAGUCCGCCUAGCAUUGUGCCAGGACGACAAAAGAACCUGGAAGCUUCUGAGGGAACCCCAGUGGAGCUUUACUACAUCCUGCAAUCCACCGAGGGAGGGGAAUGCCACUCGGAGGAGGCCAAGAAGGAAAACUUCAUCCGCUCAAGCCAGGAAGGGCUGUUUGGGUCUUAUACCUCCACACCGCUGAGAAGGAUCGGCGGUGUAAGACUCUACCGGAAUCCUAUUCCACCCCAACUGGCUGAACACAGACUGGAUCAUAACUUCAUGAUUUUGGUCCCGACCACACCAGUGAGUCAGAGAGAGACGGUCUCAACCUACGUCACAGUGUCAGCCUACUCUACCGUGGAGAUGUUUACGCUCAGAGUGAAGUUGAGAGAAGGAGUGACAUUUCUCGGGGCCCUUCCCAGCAACCCGACACAGUGGAUAGUGAGCCAGGAUGUGAGGAAUGAAGGUCACCGUGUGGUCACCUUGCGCUGCCAGAGGAAGGAGUCCAGCUUCGAUCAGCAGAGGGAUGACAUGGGAGUUCAGAGGGUGCUGCAGGUGGAUCUAAAAAUGGAGAGUUUCCCUGAGCAGCCGGGCAGCCGCUGGAUGGCGUGGCAGGUGGAGUACCCGGCCAGCUCUGCAACACAGGAGGCUGACACCGAGAUCACAUUGGCACAAGAGGAUGUGGCGGGCAUCGUACCAUUGGCUAUGGAUUCGGAGAUUUUGAACACAGCAGUUCUGACCGGGAAGACGGUAGCGGUCCCUGUGAAGGUGGUAACCAUCGGAAUAGACGCUUCAGUAACCGACGUCUCUGACGCAGUGAUGUGUCGCUCCACAGACGAAGACGCAGUCAAGGUGUCAGAGAGGUGUGACUAUGUUUUUGUGAAUGGCAAGGAAAUGAAGGGCAAAGUAAAGAUGGCAGUGAACUUCACCUACACCUAUCUGAGUGCUCAGCUGGAGCUCAACGUGUGGAUCCCUCGACUUCCCCUCCAGAUUGAAGUGUCUGACACGGAGCUGAGCCAGAUAAAAGGGUGGCGGGUGCCCAUCAUGGCCAGCAAUCCCAGGUCAACACGGGACAGCGAGGAUGAUGAUGAUGAGGACAGACGCGGACGAGGCUGCACUUUGCAGUACCAGCACGCCAUGGUCCGAGUCCUGACUCAUUUCGUGGCUGAGUCAUCCAACCCUAGAGGCCAAACCAGUUACAUGUUAGGCACCGAUUGGCAAGUGGACAUCACGGAGUUAGUGUGGGACUUCGUCAAGGUGGAGGACACGCAGAUCGCAAAGCUACUGGACAGACGGAUACUGGCGGGACGUGACAUGGGAAUGACCACAAUACAGGUGUUGUCUCCUCUGUCAGACUCAAUCCUGGCAGAGAGGACCAUCACAGUGGUGGAUGACAAAGUGACCAUCGCGGAGUUGGGUGUCCAGAUGGUCACAGGACUCUCCAUGAGCCUGCAGCUCAGUCCGGGAAGCAACAGAGCCAUCCUGGCUACAACGACCACACAAGAAGUUCUGCAGAGCCCUAAGCAGGAGGCCUUGAUCAGCGCCUGGUUGCAGUUCAGUGACGGCUCCGUGGCCCCUUUGGAUCUGUACAACCCUGACUUUUUCAUCCUGACCGCCACCUCCCUGGAUGAGGAGGUGGUGACGGUACGGCAGGACCCCUCCUGGAAAUGGCCCGUCAUCGUGACCGAGGCCGAGGGCCAAGGCCUUCUGGUCCGGGUGGAAAUGACGGUUUGUGAGAUUUGCCAGAAAUUCAAACGGCGUAGCGUCCUGGCGGCGGGCAACUGUAACGUCAAGGUGAGGUUUGGAUACAGCGACAGCUCCAGGGGAGGGACCAACGAUUACGGCACCGACGGAGAGGAUUUGGACACCAGAGGCAGGCAGCCCUCACCUGACAGGAUUGGUCUUGACAGCCACUUUUACGGCAGCUCAGUCUCUGACGUGGAGGAAGGGGUGCUGAAUAGACCCACCACCACGAGAAGUGCAAUCGUGCGGGGUCCUAACGGGGAUAAACCAUCGGGGGAUGGAAGCGAGAGGAUGCCGAUUGACUUUGCCGACUUUCCUGCUCAGGUGGACUUGCCCCGUGGGCGCAACAUGGACGAUGACCUCAUGCAGACUGCUCGCGGUCUCACAGAUCUGGAGAUCGGCAUGUACGCUCUGCUGGGGGUCUUCUGCCUGGCUAUCCUGGUAUUUCUUAUCAACUGCAUCUCCUACACCCUCAAAUACCGACACAAGGAGCUCUCCGUGGAAGGCCAAGAGAACAUGAACCACGCCCAUGACUGGGUGUGGCUGGGGAACGAGGCGGAGCUGCUGGAGAGCGAAAUCAGCUUGACCCCCCAGCAGGAGGAGCAGACCUCCAUGAUGGACUCCGGCAGCGGGCUGGAGGAGGGCAGCCACUUGCUGAACGGGGGCUCGGCCCAGAAGAACGUGCAGGGCCAAGUACACCGGGCGGCCGACUCGGGCUGCCCGGUUAAGGAGAGCAAAGGGGAGUCGCCCACCACCAAGAGGAAGCGAGUGCAGUUCACCACCUUCACCACCAUCCCCUCGGACAGCGGCUACCCGACUGUUAGCACUCUGACUCGAUGCCACAAGCAGGACAUCAAGUGGGUGUGCCAGGACGUGGCGUUGGAAGACGCCACGGAGUUACGUAACUACAUGGAGAGGUUAAACGACAGUGCGCCGAAGGAAGCGUUCUAGCGGAUCGAUUUGUGACAAACUCACGCGUAUGCCUUUCACGGGGAAGUAGGCUCGGAUUUAAAGCGAAACGUUUGCUCGGGAAUCAAAUCCAACCUGCCAAAGGCUCAACGAUAUCAAGGAUUGUCAAUUUGCCACUGAUAUCGAGAAAUAUGUCAAGGAAUGAGGACUCCAGUCUGACGGGGUUAACUUUGGUCUUUAUUACCAAUGCUUUUUAUUUUACACUGAAUAUAUGUGCUAUAUUUUUCAGACCAUAAAGCGCACAGGGUUAUUUGUUCAUACCCCAGGCGCACCAGAUUAUAGGGUGCAUUAAAGGGGUCAUAUUAUAAUUUUGUCAACAUUUUGCAUAGAUUUUGUUUAACAGACCAUUUAACUGACCAUCUCUUCUCGGGUGGCGGUCUUAUUCACGUGGCUCCACUUCCAAAGUUAACGCGAUAAUAACGGGUUAACUAUAAAUUUCAAUAACGGCACUCAUUUUUUUAACGGCCAACAAACGCGAACACUUACUUUUUGACCCUCGGGCCGUGCCGUAGCGGGAGGAACUUGGCUGCAGUUCACUUGCUACUGAUGAGCCACAAGCGAGCAAGACAAGAAAGGACUAUUUUUCGCCGAUGCAAACAGUCUAUCCGACAUUAAAACAUGUCAAGAAACUUUCUCAAACCAAUCACACACUUUUACGGAUUCAAAAUAAAAGCGCUACGCUAUACAUCCGGUUUGAAUCCAUUUUCGGUUGUCAUUUUGGGGUCUUUUUACACAGGCCGUAACAAUACCCGUAUGUUGAAGCGCAGUACGUCUGACUAUGGCAGCCGUAAUGCUCCGACAAUCCUUCAAGCGGUGUGGCUUUGUAGCUUACCAAAGUCAUACUAAAACAUACUUUUGAACGCCGUGUAUAACGUUCUAUGUUCUCAAAGUUUUGGUCUCGCUUGCUUACAGGUACUUGCUAGCGUCCUUUAUUGAACGGGCGUCAACCUGCAGUCCACGCAUAUCUCUAAUGUGUUUAUUGCAAACAGUCGAUCCGGCAUUAAAACAUGUCAAGAAACGUUCUCAAACCAAUCACACACUUUUCCGGAUUCAAAAUAAAAGCGCUACACUAUACAUCCGGUUUAAAUCCAUUUUCGGUUAGUUCGUAGCGCAUCCAUAGCGAGUCUACCGACAGAUUAAGUUUGAAAUACACGCUACUUUAUAGUAGAAAUGGCAACAGCGGAGGAUGAAUGCCCCACAACAAGAGGAUAGAGAAAACAAAGGCGCUUAUUGACUACGGCACGGACUACAACGGCGAACGUGAACUUAUGCAGAUCCCAAAUAUACAACAGCAGGUACCAAUAUGUAGAAAAGUUGGCUUUGCGUAAAAUGUCGAAACAAUAAGCCAGAUAAAGUCUCCUAAUAGGUGUCAUUUUGGGGUCUUUUUACACAGGCCGUAAUAAUACCUGUAUGUUGAAGCGCAGUACGUCUGCCUAUGGUAGCCGUAAUGCUCCGACAAUCCUUCAAGCGGUGUGGCUUUGUAGCUUACCAAAGUCAUACUAAAACAUAGUUUUGAACGCCGUGUAUAACGUUCUCAAGGUUUUGGUCUCGCUUGCUUACAGGUACUUGCUAGCGUCCUUUAUUGAACGGGCGUCAACCUGCAGUCCACGCAUAUCUCUAAUGUGUUUACUGCAAACAGUCGAUCCGGCAUUAAAACAUGUCAAGAAACGUUCUCAAACCAAUCACACACUUUUCCGGAUUCAAAAUAAAAGCGCUACGCUAUACAUCCGGUUUAAAUCCAUUUUCGGUUAGUUCGUAGCGCAUCCAUAGCGAGUCUACCGACAGAUGAAGUUCGAACUACACGCUACUUUAUAGUAGAAAUGGCAAACAGCGGAGGAUGAAUGCCCCACAACAAGAGGAUAGAGAAAACGAAGGCACAACGGCGAACGUGAACUUAUGCAGAUCCCAAAUAUACAACAGCAGGUACCAAUAUGUAGAAAAGUUGGCUUUGCGUAAAAUGUCGAAACAAUAAGCCAGAUAAAGUCUCCUAAUAGGUGUCAUUUUGGGGUCUUUUUACACAGGCCGUAACAAUACCCGUAUGUUGAAGCGCAGUACGUCUGACUAUGGUAGCCGUAAUGCUCCGACAAUCCUUCAAGCGGUGUGGCUUUGUAGCUUACCAAAGUCAUACUAAAACAUACUUUUGAACGCCGUGUAUAACGUUCUAUGUUCUCAAAGUUUUGGUCUCGCUUGCUUACAGGUACUUGCUUAUUGAACGGGCGUCAACCUGCAAUCCACAAAUAUCACUAAUGUGUGACUGCCAUCUGGUCACGCUUAUCAUUACACCCUGUACCAAAUAAAAUUAGUUUGAGGUCAGCAAGAACAAUAAUAAUAAUAAUAAUGGAUUCAUUUAUAUAGAACCCAUUAUUUCACCAGAAUUAAUACGUACACAAAACGCAACGGGUUAUAAGGCGGACUGUCGAUUUUUGGGGAAAUGAAAUGAUUUUAAGUUAAAAAAAAUAUGUAAGUCAAUUAUUUUGCGUUUUUUAUUUUAUUUAUUUAUUUUGUUUGCCGUUUUCCCUAACUUUAUUUAAUGAAGUGAUUAUCACAAUAUACACUUUCAAUAAGAUUACAUGACAGUGAAUAGGUAAACAAGCGCUUUACAAUAACAGACUAAAACUACAAUUAUGCUGAAAAUUAAACCUUGACAUAAUAAAAAAUAAAUAAAAAAAUAAAAAACAAGUCAAUUUUUUUGCGUUUGAUUUUGUGAACGGAAUUUUCCCAGAUCAAAUUAUGCUGACAAUUUCAUUGAAUAAAAAUGUGUAAGCAAAAUUAGUGUUUAAAAUUGCACUAAGUUUAAAUGCAAAAAGACCAGUUACCGUAUUCUUCGCUCCGGAGUAUAAGUCGCACCUGCUGAAAAUGCAUAAUAAGGAAGGAAAAAAACAUAUAUAAGUCGCACUGGAGUAUAAGUCGCAUUUUUUGGGGAAAUUUAUUUGAUAAAACCCAACACCAAGAAUAGACAUUUGAAAGGCAAUUUAAAAUAAAUAAAGAAUAGUGAACAACAGGCUGAAUAAGUGUACGUUAUAUGACGCAUAAAUAACCAACUGAGAACGUGCCUGGUAUGUUAACGUAACAUAUUAUGGUAAGAGUCAUUCAAAUAACUAUAACAUACAGAACAUGCUAUACAUUUACCAAACAAUCUGUCACUCCUAAUUGCUAAAUCCCAUUAAAUCUUACGUGAAUGAGCUAAAUAAUAUUAUUUGAUAUUUUACGGUAAUGUGUUAAUAAUUUCACACAUAAGUCGCUCCUGAGUAUAAGUCGCACCCCCGGCCAAACUAUAAAAAAAACUGUGACUUAUAGUCCGAAAAAUACAUUACAUAAAUCCAGUGUAAAAAAAAAAAAAAAGUUUGGUAAUGAAGACACAAAUAAAUAUCAAUACCAGUCCCUACUUUCUUUCUUUUAUUGAGCAGUUUUUGUUAGCAGCUGUUUACAGGUGAUGAUCUGCAGUCCCAAAUCCAGAUGGCAUGUAGAUUUUUAAAAAGAAACCGUAGAUGUUCACAAUGUUUGUGCACAUUAAAUGAUGUUUGAAGGUUUUGGUUCACAAUGUGUCCGUCCAGAUUGUUAUUGUUCAAAAGUUUUGGGGAAAAAAAGAAAAUAGGUUUUUGUUCCACCUCAUCAUCAUCCUCCUCCCAACCAAAGUGUACAACCUCACGCAAAAUGCAUUGUACUGUUGCUCUGUAUAUUGUAUUUUCAUACCAUUUAAGGAAUAUAGAACAAUGUCAAGAGUGUGUAUCGCUUUUUAUUGAGUGUAGCGUCUUAAAACACCUCAUUUGUCCUGAUAACUGUUAGUGUUGUGUUAGCGGAAGGCGAUAUUUUUGAGGAAGAGCACCAAAUUACACGUUAAUCUUUGUUUUAGGAGUGUUUUAUGGGAUGCAAUUUAGCUCCCAAGCCACGAGACAUGCUCUUUAUUGCUGACCGACGGAGGGAAAACAGCGGCGAUUAAGGCGCCCCCUGUCCUGUCCCCUUAUAAAAGUGUCCUCGCAGGAGCAUUGAAGGGCUUUUAAAGUAGACAACAUGGUAAUGUGGCAUUUUCUUAUGCCGCCCCUGAAUUGUGUGAGCUUUGGAGGAAAUACCAAUUGAGGUCAAGCCGACCUCUGACGCCAGGAAAGAAUACUGAUGGGCAAACUGAGGUGCGAAAAGAGCAAGAAUUACAAGUUUUCCCUUGUCGACGUGAAUCUUUACAUAAUUGCGCCAAAUAACAAUAAU